GGUCUGUUGACCGUAAUUGCUGGUUAUUGCAUACGCAAAACUCGUCUUAUCAACUCGCGCACACAUUGUGCCUUCGUCAACAGCAUACGUCGGACAUUGACGUAAUAACUUAGGCUAGAAUUAUUUUGCAGAAUUUGUUACUUAAGUGCCAUUUAGAAGAGUUCGUUUUGUAUUAAUAGUGCCCAAAAUGUCCCUAAUGAACACCGCUCGACAGUUGGCACGGUUUACCGGCCGGAAGCAGUUACUAGCCCAGUGCCUGGCAACAAGAUUGGUUCAUACUGAAACGCAAAACUCCGCGGCAAGCGGUAGCGAGCGUGCUAAAUUUCCAGGAGCGCAAGCCGCCUUUGUAGACAAACCACUAAUGUCGCUACCGGAAAACUCCGAACCAAUCCCUAUCUACCGGGCAAUGAAUGCCGAUGGAAUGAUUGAGGAUCCUUCACAGGAUCCUAACCUAAGUCGUGAGACGGUUCAGAAGAUGUUCCGUGACAUGGUGAUGCUGAACACCAUGGAUAAGAUUCUCUACGAGUCUCAACGCCAGGGUAGAAUUUCGUUCUACAUGACGAACUUCGGCGAAGAGGCCAGCCAUAUCGGAAGUGCUGCCGCUCUGAGCCCCGAAGAUUGGGUGUACGGACAGUAUCGGGAAGCCGGUGUGUUAGUUUGGCGUGGAUUUACGAUCUCGGACUUUAUCAACCAGUGUUACGGUAACCGAGAAGACGAAGGCAAAGGUCGUCAGAUGCCGGUGCACUACGGGUCAAAGAAGCUGAACUUUGUAACGAUCUCGUCACCGUUGGGAACUCAGAUUCCUCAAGCGGUUGGCGCGGCCUAUGCUUUUAAGCGCCAACCGAAUAACGAUCGAUGCGUGAUCACCUACUUCGGAGAAGGUGCCGCUUCGGAAGGAGAUGCCCACGCAGCUUUCAACUUCGCUGCCACGCUGGAUUGUCCGGUAAUUUUGUUCUGCCGUAACAACGGGUUUGCAAUUUCAACUCCAUCGAAAGAACAGUAUCGAGGAGAUGGUAUCGCUGGACGUGCUGCAGGCUACGGAAUUGCAGCACUACGAUUCGAUGGAACGGACAUAUUCGCAGUGUACAACGCUACCAAACAGGCGCGAGAUUACGUGUUGAAGAACAACAAGCCUAUUGUUCUGGAAGCGAUGCAGUACCGUAUCGGGCAUCAUUCGACUUCGGACGACAGUACGGCUUAUCGUUCGGCCGAUGAGCUUGAAAUCUGGAACACCGUUGAACAUCCCAUCUCGAAGCUCAAAAACUACAUGAAGCAUCGCGAUUGGUUCAACGAAGAAGAGGAAGAGAAACACGUCAAAGCGAUUCGCAAACAGGUGCUCGCACAAAUCAACCAAUCGGAGAAGAUUCCGAAACCAGACUGGCGCGAGGUGUUCCAGGAUGUGUACCACGAGAUGCCGACCCACUUGAAGGAGCAGAUGAAACAGAUGGAGGAACACGUAGAAAAGUUCAAAGAACACUAUCCGCUGAAGGAUUUCAAAAACUGAAGCGGAAAGUUGAAAUUAUUCUUUGAUUGUCCCGGGUGGCAGUGAAUAAAGUGCAUUUAUUAUUUGUAGGUUGGAAAGUUUCUCAAGAUGUUAUAUGUCUUCCUGGCUGCACAUAGAAUUUACAUGGCAGCAUCGCAACGUUUUGAUAUAAUAAACAGCUAUUAUGUACAAUGAA